CAGGCGCUUAGUCGUUGAGUGUGUUGUGUAUUUUUGCUGUGGAUGAGCGAUAAGUCGUGGCUGUGUUAAGAGACUCAGUCAAAAGAUUUGAAAUAUAAAAAUAAUUCAGUCGAGUGGAAGUGGUUGCAAAGUGUAUCGCAAGUGUGGAGAACACAUAAUAGAUAUAAUUUUUGUGUUUUGUGAACAGCGAAAUUCGGCAUCAUGGCAGAUUCCGUACCGGCUAGAGGCAAUGUUUUAGGGUCACUGAUUCCGGCCAGAUACAUUCUAGCCAUACUAGGUUCCAUUGCCAUGUCCAUCAUCUAUGGCCUGAAAGUGAAUUUAAGUGUUGCCAUGGUUGCAAUGUUAAAUCAUACAGCCAUCCGCGAAUCAUCGGGAGUACCGACCGUACACAUAGCAAUUGCGCAAAACAUUACCACUGACGAUGCAUGCAGGGAAAGCAGUUCCUCUGGAGCCGUUGAAGACGGACCGUUCGUUUGGUCAGAGCCGUUGCAAGGAACGAUUUUAUCUUGCUAUUUCUGGGGUUAUUUAGUGAGUCAGAUGCCGGGUGCAAGAAUUGCGGAAAAUUUCUCCGCCAAGUGGGUCAUGUUCUUUUCGGUUGCCAUCAACAUUGUGUGCACUCUGCUAACACCGAUAAUGUCGGAACUAGGCUACAUGGGAAUGAUUAUGAUGCGUAUUGGUGAAGGUAUUGGCGGCGGUGUAACGUUUCCAGCUAUGCAUGUGAUGCUUGCGUCGUGGGCUCCACCGAACGAACGUUCAAUGAUGUCGUCGAUUGUAUAUGCGGGCACAUCAUUAGGAACGGUCAUUUCCAUGUUAAUGGCAGGAAUAUUGGCCGGAAACUGGGGUUGGGAAUCAGUCUUUUAUGUAAUGGGUGGACUCAGUCUAAUUUGGACAGUUUUAUGGGUAUGGCUGGUACAGGACACACCAAAUAAACAACCGUUGAUCAGUGCAGAGGAGAGAAUUUUGAUCACAUCAUCACUGGGAACGGCUGAUAGCCAUGAGAAAACGCAACCGAAAAAGGCUGUCCCUUGGAAGAAGGUCAUUACCUCAACACCAUUCUAUGCCAUUUUAGUCGCCCACAUCUGCUCGAAUUUCGGAUGGUACAUGUUGUUGAUUGAGCUUCCGUUUUACAUGAAGCAAGUGUUAAAGUUCAACAUCCAAGAGAAUGCAAUCGCAACGGCGGUGCCAUUCUUGACCAUGUGGGUGUUCUCGAUGGUAAUCAGCAGAACUCUGGACUCUCUGCGACAGAAGGGGAAAAUCAGUACGACAGUUGCAAGGAAAAUUGCCACAUUGUUCGCUUCCGUUGUGCCAAUGGUUUGCUUAUUAAUUCUGUGCUACAUCGGUUGCCAACGAUUUUUGGCUGUUAUCAUCAUGGGAAUUGCCAUCACUAGUAUUGGAGGUAUGUUCUGCGGCUUCCUAAGUAAUCACAUUGAUAUUGCGCCCAAUUUCGCCGGCACUUUGAUGGCGUUGACAAAUACUGCAGCCACAGUCGGUGGAAUUUUCGUACCAAUUUUCGUUGGAAGGGUGACUCACGGGAACCAAACGAUUGAGGCCUGGCGUAUCAUAUUCUUCGUGACCAUUGCCCUGUAUUUGAUCGAAAUUUUAGCGUACACAAUUUUCGGUUCCGGUGAUGAGCAACCGUGGAACAAAGUUAGUGAAAUUGCGGAGGAAUGUGAGGAAGGAACACCACUGAAAGGAACUGAAGCUGAACGAGAAGGGCGGAACAGUUACACUGUCAACAAGUAGAUUGAUGCCAGCCAAGGGCUUGCGUCGAGAAACGUGUCGGCCGUACUCAUCAUGCUAAGCUUUGCAUAAUCAGCAACUAACGAAGUGGUCAAACGACCAUUGAGUUAAGGGAUUUUGUUUUGGAUUUUUGCCAGCCAAAAGGAGUUAUUUUACUAAUGUACGCUUAAUCAGUCAUAGGGGAUUUUUCUGAAUUAUUUUCCUUCCCAUUCUCAUUUUGUAGACACAUUUUAUUUUCUAAGUUUUGUUUUGUCGUGAAGCCACACGAGAUAUUAUAAUUUAUUCGAAUAAAUGU